AUGGUCUUCAUGGCUCAAGGCAAGGGGGUUAUUGAUAAGGACCAUCUUAAGCCUUUACAAACGGCAUGUGAGAUGACACAUAUUAGUUGUCGUAUGUACGUGAAGCCAAGUAUCUACAAAGAUGGGGAUCUGGUACUGGCUGGGUUUUUCCCCAUUUAUGGCAUGGAGGAACAAACUAUACUUGCACAAAAUUAUCUGAUAAGGCCAACUCAAGAAGUGACAGAUGACUGUUGGCUCUUUGUUAAAGUAGGAGAAUUUAUCUAUAAGAAUUCCCAUGAUCAAGGUUUGAUCAUCAAAGAAGAGAUGAUAAACUGGUCUUCUGUGUGUAGUCACAGCUGUGUUCCUGGAUUCCAGAAAAUUCCCCAAGAAGGAAGACCUGUUUGUUGCUUUAUUUGUGCUUCUUGCCCAGAGUCAGCUAUUUCAAAUCAAACAAAUGCAAAGCAGUGUGUCCAGUGCCCAGCUAAAGAGUAUCCAAACAGUGAGAGAACUCACUGCCUCCCCAAGCCUGUGACAUUCCUGGCUUUUGAGGAUGCUUUGGGGACAGCCAUGGCCUGCAUAGCUCUGUGCUUAUUUGUUCUCACAACUGUAGUUUUGGGGAUCUUUGUGAAGCACAGAGACACUCCCAUUGUCAAGGCCAACAACCAGGCUCUCAGCUUUAUUCUGCUCAUCUCCCUCCUGCUGUGCUUCCUCUGUUCCUUGUUCUUCAUUGGCCAUCCUAACGCAGCCACGUGUGUCCUCCAACAAGUCACAUUUGGCCUUGUGUUCACUGUAGCUGUUUCCACUGUUCUGGCCAAAACAAUUACCGUAAUUCUGGCAUUCAGUGCCGUGAAACCUAGAAGAACAAUGAGGUGCUUGCUCCUCUCAGGGGUUUCUAACUCUGUCAUUCCUAUUUGCUCCCUGAUCCAAAUGAUUAUCUGUGGAAUCUGGUUGGGAACAUCUCCCCCUUUUAUUGACAUAGACUCACACUCUGAGUCCAGAAACUUCAUCAUCGUGUGCAACAAAGGCUCAAUCACUGCCUUUUACUGUGUCCUGGGCUACCUGGGCUUCCUGGCUCUGGGGAGUUUCGCUGUGGCUUUCCUGGCCAGGAACCUGCCUGACACAUUCAAUGAAGCCAAGCUCCUCACAUUCAGCAUGCUGGUGUUCUGCAGUGUCUGGGUCACAUUUGUCCCUGUCUAUCACAGCACCAAGGGGAAGUUCAUGGUGGCUGUGGAAGUCUUCUCCAUCUUGGCUUCCAGUGCAGGGCUCCUAGGCUGCAUCUUUGUGCCCAAGUGCUACAUUAUUCUGAUAAGCCCUGGUGAGAACUCCUGGAAAGCUUUA